AUGGCACAAGCACUUUCCAUGAAGGCCCCUCACAUUGGGCCUUCGCCUCUGGGCAUCGGCAGCAAGCCCUUUGUAUCCAAAUGGUCGAAUCGUUAUCGCGGCGCCAUCAUCCAGGACCUCGAGCCCAACGCCGCACUCUCCCUGACGCCCUCGGACCCCAUCUCGCUCGCGCUGAUCUCUGCCUUCGAGCGCGAGUAUACCCACCUCACCAUCAUCGACUCGUCCUCCAAGUCGCUCCUGGGCUACGUCUCGAUCCCCCAUCUCCAGGCGCAGCUCGACAGCGGCAAGGUCCGCCAGGAGGACCCCAUCUCGGCCGCCAUGACGCGGUUCCAGCGCAAGGGCCGCAAGUACAAGGUCAUCACCAUGGCCACGCCCCUGGAGGAGCUCGAGGAGUUCUUCGACGGCGGGCUGCAGAAGCAGGAUUUCGCCGUCGUGACAGACGAGGCAAGACGGUUCGUGCUUGGUGUUGCGACGAGAGAGGAUCUGGAGGAGUUUGUCAAGCGGAGACCUGCCUAA